CAUAGCGGAAGCCCCGCCCCUUCCGGCCGCGGCGCGGACGCCGCGCAGCCACGGCGGCGGGGCCUCGGCGGGCGCCGGCUCAGCCCGCCCCCUUCUCCGCGCCCCGCCCCGCGUCUACGCCUGCCGGGCUGCUGUCAGCUCCCUCGGCGUGCCACCAAGCCGAGGUGCAUGCUGAGCCGCUGCGGCUGCCGGCUGCUGCACGUCCUAGGCCUUAGCUUCCCGCUCCUGACCCGCCGGCCGCUUUUCCUCUGUCCGCACCGCCUCAUGAGGCCGAAGGUCGUGUUCGUCCUCGGAGGUCCCGGCGCCGGCAAGGGGACCCAGUGCGCCCGUAUCGUCGAGAAAUAUGGCUACACACACCUUUCUGCCGGAGAACUUCUUCGUGAUGAAAGGAAGAACCCCGAUUCACAGUAUGGCGAACUGAUUGAAAAGUACAUUAAAGAUGGAAAGAUCGUGCCAGUUGAGAUAACCAUCAGUUUGUUAAGGAGGGAAAUGGAUCAGACAAUGGCGGCCAAUGCUCAGAAGAAUAAAUUCUUAAUUGAUGGGUUUCCAAGAAAUCAAGACAACCUUCAAGGUUGGAACAAGACCAUGGAUGGGAAAGCUGAUGUAUCUUUCGUUUUGUUUUUUGACUGUAAUAAUGAGAUCUGUAUUGAACGAUGUCUUGAGAGGGGAAAGAGUAGUGGUAGGAGUGAUGACAACAGAGAGAGCUUGGAAAAGAGAAUUCAAACCUAUCUUCAGUCAACAAAGCCAAUUAUUGACUUAUAUGAAGAAAUGGGGAAAGUCAAGAAAAUAGAUGCUUCUAAAUCUGUUGAUGAAGUUUUUGAUGAAGUUGUGAAGAUUUUUGACAAAGAAGGCUAACUCUAUAUCUGAAAGCAUCCUCGAAAUCAUGCUUGAAUAUUGCUUUGAUAGCUGCUAUCACAAUCCCUUUUUAAGGCAAUUUUAAUCUUUCGUAAUUACAUCUCAAUUAACGGCUGGAAAGUAUGUAGUAAGACAAAUUAAAUUUUUUAUCGUCAAGGGUUUUUAUUUUGUUUUAUUUUAUUUUAUUUUGGUCACAGGAGUAGAUAGUGAAUUCAAGUCUAACUUCAUCGUAGCUAUGGUGCUCACUAAACAAAGACGACUAUUAGCUAGUUCUUUGUUUUUAUUCAAAAAGAAUAUCCCUUUCAUAGUUUGUGCCUUCUGUGAGCAUAACUUUUUAGUAUGUGUGUCUAUCCCUUUAGUAAUCACAACAUGUUUGGAUUAGGGAUUCCCCACGUCUUCUUCCUCUUGCAGGUUUUAAAUUUCCAACCUGUUAAAGUGAAUUUGUGGACCAAAUUCCCAAGGACGACUUCUUGUGUAGUCAGUUCUCGCACAGUGUGUUUGAUAAACAAACUCACAAAGUGAAUUUCUAGAAAUGUUUUUAGUAUUUAUCAAAUGACUGACCAUUUGCUACAGAAAAGUAAGAAAACUUGCAGGCUUUGUUUUACUACAACCUGUACAAAGCCGUGUGACAGGGCAUAGUCUUUGCUCCCAGGGAUUGGGAUGGAGGCACUGGGGGUUCAGAGCCUGGAGGAAUCGUCAGCUUUAUUCUGACAUAAACCUGAGGGUGAGGGGCAAAGAUCACAUCUGGUGAUCGGUGUUCCUUAUGCUCUGUUGUGUUGUGUUCUUAAUGAUUACACUGAUCUUAGCAAAAUUCCUAUCAGGGGAACCUUGAAAUGCAUGUACCUAUUAGAUUGAUGGUAAAAUGAUUCGGUUAGUGUUUUGGUAAUACUUCAAAGGUUUUUUUUGUUUGUUUGUUUUCUAGACUAAGGAUAGGGUUAGUACAAAGCAGAAGAAAUCUAAUGGCUAAAUUUCCCAUUUGUAUAUUAUUUUUCUUGAAUUUUUUUUUCAUAGUUGUUUAAGAUUUAAAAAUCAUUGCACUUUGGUCAGAAAAAUAAUAAAUUUAUCUUAUAAAUGUUUAAUUCCCUUCCUGACUGCUUUUAUUCAGUAAAUUCUUUUUUUGGCAUCAGGUUGAAGCAUCGAAAGGUACAGAAUUUUAAAAAAAGAAAAAUUACAGAGUCUAAAGAAAUUCUCUCUUAAAUACAUUCUUCCUUUAAAAAUCUCUGAGGAAUUUUUUUUUUUUCCUUUCUUAGCUUUUUCUGCCAUUACUAAUACAAAGUGGUAUCCAAAGUUCUUAAUAAGAGAUUUAUUAAAAUAUUCCUCAUUUUCAGCACUUACACUGUUUUGGUAUACAGGGUUAGAUUGGGCAAGGAAUUUUAACUUUGUAUAAUUAGAUUUUAUACUUAAAGUCACUGGGAAUAGUGAGGACAAUUUGUGGAUGUUCUUAUUUUGUAAUACAUUUAUUCCUACAUGUGUUAUGAAAUUCACUUAUUAUGAAUUUUCAACGUACUUGCCAUAGGAGACAAAGUAUCCAUAAAUGCUGUAACGUAUCAGUCACUAAAAUUCGUGUUAAGAUUGUCUUGGUUUCUUAGAAGAGGUUGUAAUGACUUCUUACCUAGUGAUUUAAUGUAGCCAGCACUGAGGGCUUUUACUGGUAGUUCAGUCAAACAGCUGUACGUAGCAUGAAGCACGGGCAAGGAUUAAGAUUUUGAGAACAUUCCUACUCAUAUAAGUGGAGAAAUCCAUCCAGUGGGAAUCUAAAUAUUUGUACUGAUACUGUGAAAGCAACCUUAAGGUUUUUAAGAAGACUGCUGAAACUGGGUACUUUGCAUCCUUUCAACAAAUAUCUUUCCGUGGCGUUUGAGAGCAAAAAGGCCAGAAACAUAGUAAUUACUAAAUCAUGAGGCUUUGCUUUUUGUUUGCUUUUUAAGUAGAAAAACAUGUUGGCAAUAUUGAAUUUAGGAGUUGAUUGAGAUGAGAUACAUCUAACUUUACUCUUUUGGUCAUUCCACUUAUUAAAGAUACGCUCGUCAAGAAGUUUUUGAUUUUAAAGACCACAAUGGAAGCUUGCUCAUUUAAAACUAGUAAUACUAUUUUCAUUCAGUGAUGUUGGAUGUGUAUGAUAGUAAGUAAUCCCAAUAAAUUUCGUGCUGUGGCC